UCACAAAUGUACUGCUUAUUCUGAGCUCUGAAGUUGAACACAUACUGCAUAGUGAUUUAAACCAUUGUUGCAUUGUGAGUCUAAUGUGUGCAUUAUUGUAUCCACCCUUGUUUGCAGAAUUUAGCAGUGCGCUUUUAGUUUGGUAGUAGGUGCACGCUAACGAGGACUGCUAUUAAACUAUAAGUAGCCUAGCAUCGCCAGGAAGUAUCGUGCCGUUAGGUACCGUUAGGUUACAGCUGUCUACACAGCUGAAGACUAUUCGGUAUUUAAACUUACAAACUAUAAGGAAGCACCGUUGGUGAAAGUCUAUUUCAGCUUGUCGAUUAGCUCGCAAUAUUAGUUAAACCACAGAGUUACCUAUCGUUAUCUCAGCUAACGUCCCCAGUCUUUCGACAAGGAAACGUUUAGCUAACAAGCGAGCUGGAGUUCCAGAUUUCAGGAUGGACACACUCCAAAGCAGCCACACAUGUUCCUUUUUUUCAAAUGAGGAUGUCCGUGCAAUUGAAGAUGCAGUCAGAGCAGCGAUUAAGGUAGUCCUGAAAGUGUUUUGUACCAUAAAUAACAACAAAGUACAAGGAUACCACAAGAAGAUGGCAGCUAAGGACAAAGAGAACGAAGUGCUGCGAAUUCGAAUGGAGAGGGCAGAAAGAGAACUGAUCACUUUGCGUCGAUUCAGACGCUCGGUCGAGCAGUGUGGCGCUAACGUUACCAUGGACUCCAAUGGAGAUGGCAGCUUCGGUCACGACUCUGGUCUUUCGUCAGAAGAUAACGGCAAGCAGCGUUUAUGCGUGUCGCCAGAAGUGGACGAUGAGCACAAAGAUGUUCUCAGUCAAUGUAUGUGGAAGACAGAGUUUGUAAGAUCAUAUGAGGGGAUGGAUUCCGGUGUACAUGCCCAGGAUAGGGAGGCUACAGAAUGUGGUGUGGAGGGCUUCACAGAGUCAGACCUAAAUCCCCAGGAACCCAGCGAGAGGGCUGUUAGCCCUGUCCUGUUGCAGGACCAGCCAACUGGGCAGCCAGAGACUGGCAGGAAACUGUCAGCCAGCCCAGUCACUCCCCUUGAGGUGAAAGAGGAGCCCCUCGACUUGGACACAGUCUAUAUCAAGUGGGAAGUGUCUGAGGAGAGCAUCGGGAGGGAAGGGGGCUGCCCCAUGUCCAAGUGUGUGCUGGGGAAAGAGUGUGAAGUCUAUCCAAGACCCUCACCAUUCAUCCCGUUAUCCCAGCACAGAGCUGUGGGGACCCAGAACAGCAUCUUUUGGCCCUCAGAGCAGUCAGAAGAGAGACUGAACAACUCAGCAUCAUACCUGCAAAAGAGGCUUUCAAAUCGAGAGAGGCAGCAGCGGUACAGAGACAGGAUCCGAGCUGACCCUGAGAGACAGCGUGUCUUCAGAGAAAGGGACAGAAGCAGGUACCAGAAGAGGAGAAAACUCAUUUGUGACCUGCCGGAACACACCCAGAAACUCAAGAGGGAGGCCUGGAGGGAAGCGGCCAGACGCCAUCGUGCCCGGAAAAAAAUCUUCACACAAACUCUUGCAUGUACCUCUGCACAAAGCACUGGAACAAUAGGUCACUGUACUGUGGAAUCCACAGGAAAGUUGGAGGAAUGGCAUUAAGGUGGCCCAUUGUGGGACUUUUGUGUGGAGUAGGGGGUCAGGACACUGCCUGUGAACACAGGGUUUGGGUUAGUCCUUUUGGUAGUCCUGAGUUCCCUUGUACCAUUGAUGAUCAUGGCAAGAUAAUGUAAGGUCAUUUUGUCUGUGUUAUUACCUUGUGUUUGCUUGUAGAAUUCCAUUGUUCCAUGAAGAUGACUGU